GAAGGGCAGGAAGGCACUGAGCCAAGAGAGAGAGAGCAGGGACAAGUUGAGAGAAAGCCAGAGGGGUAGGCUAGCAGGCAAAGGGAAAAAGAAACUGGGGCUCUGCUAUCCAGGAAGAAGAGACAGGACCGUCCGAUCCAGCAGCCAUAAGUCCCGGGGCUACUGCAUCAGCACUCCUCCUGUCCAUCCUCUCUCUCUCUCUCUCUCUCUCUCUCUCUCUCUCUCUCUCUCUCUCUCUCUCUCUCUCUCUCUCUCUUUCUCUCUCUCUCUCUCUCUUUCUCUCUCUCUCUAACUGGGGCUGCAGCCUGCCUUUCUCUGCAGAGGAAGCGCUGGCUGGUGGAAUCUACUUGAAUGCACCCUGACUGACUGGUUGUGCGCAGUGAUUCUCCCCUGCUCUGCCGUGCGUUUGUCCUCACUGACUCAGCUGUGCUCUGUAGUCAGCCUGCUGGUCCAGCCUCUCGGGAACACAGCCACAGGAAGAGACAGUCCUUCUGACAGGAGUGUUGUGGGGCUGGCAGGCAGACGCACCACAACCAGGACUGGCUAACAACACAGUGGGACGUGGUACCUCGGUUGGGAUCAGAUCAGACACCCAGGCACAACACACAACCAGACCAGUGGGACUCUGGGUUACAUCCACCUGACCACCAGAGGAGUUUUUGACGGGAUAACUCCAGCCCAACAGACCCCGGGCUGGAUCCCACAACAGGGGGUGUUUUGGACGGGUUCAGACUGCCAUGGAAGUCCAGGGGAGUGGGGCUGAGCAGCCCAGGUCCAGGUGUCUGUUCUCCAGCCUGAUCAUCACUCUGCUGCUCAGUGUGUGGUCUGCUCAGGGCCUGGAGAUGUCCACAGGGAAGGUCCCAUUCAUGGAGGCGCUGAACGGCAGUACUGUGCUGCUACCCUGCACCUACGCCAGCUGUAUCGGCAUCAAAAACCUUUACUUCAACUGGCAGUACAAUGACAACGGCACUAUGCAGAAGGUUUGUGAGUCAGUGAUUCCGUCAGACGGGAUGGAUCCUCAUCCAGUGAGUAUCUACCGGGAGCGGGUGGAGUUUAUCGGCACCAGUGAUCACAACAACAUCUCCAUCCUGCUUUGGAACAUCACCUUUGAGGACGAGGGCCAGUACACCUGCUUCGGACGCAACCCCAAAGAGAAGGGCAAGAACCACAGCGCUAUCUUUACCCUUGUCGUGGUGGACGAGUUACGAGUGGUGGACAACACUCUCACCAUCAUAAUUGCUUCUGCAGUGGGCGGAGCCAUCGCCCUGCUGAUGACUUUCAUGCUGGUGAAGAACUUCAUCCUUUUCGUUCUCUUCAAAAUCGAGGAGAGGAAAAAGAUCGAGUGCCUUGUACAAUCUUCCUCAGCUGAUGAAACAAACAAUGUCUCAGGAUCCAAAACUUCAAAACCACUGACACCAAAGAAGAAAUGAGAGUACUUGCAUGUAUGUACAUCCAUAUAUAAACAUACAGUUAUAUCUAUGCAUAUACUGUAUUUUUAUGCAUAAACAUGUGUAUUGACAUGUGACUCCAUGGGCAGGCUUCUUGGGCAGGUUUUUUGGACUGAGAAGCACGUCUGAUGGAGAGACUUCAUUGAAAGUGUUUGUUAGUCCAAUAAGCUUAAGCUGUGUCCAAGAAACCGCUCCCAUACGUUCUAGUUGAUAUUUAAUUUUUUUUUAAAUUCAGACCUGAACCUAGGACUGUUUUUCAUAUUAUAUUACACAUAAAAUAUAUGCUUAAGACGGGGAAUAAUGCUAUGUAAUAAUGCUGUUUAAACUGUGUUGGAUCCUACUCCUCUCUCCACCAACCAACCCCACUGCCCUGGGUUCAACUGAAACUGUCUACAAAAUCAAACUUCAAAAUGAAGAAAAUGUAUGGGAUAUUAUUCACAGUUUAAUUCAAUCUCCAGUGACAUUAUGCCACUUCAGAUCCAGCUUUAGUCCUAUUGCACAAUACCACUGAUUCGUAUCAAGUUUAGUUUAGUGCUGUUUAGAAUACAAUAUUAACUCUGCUAUUCCAAAAGUAAUUAAUUAACCCUGUUGUAUCAUAUUUAGAAACUAGGGUCUCUAAAGGGUUUUGCUGCGGUGAGGAGUGAGAAAGGAUCCAGUUCAGAACAUUAUACAUUUUCUUUGCUUGAUAUAAAACACUGGUGCCUGUUAGCGCUUCUAUCUUCCUCUGCUGGUAGGAAGACUAAAUACUGCAAAACCAUUUACCAAACGCAGCAAAACGCAAAGGAAUAAUACUACAAGCUGAUGAAUGAAAUGAUAGACAAUCCCUUAACCAACCCCCUAGAAAAAGGAAUAAUACUACAAGCUGAUGAAUGAAAUGAUAGACAAUCCCUUAACCAACCCCCUAGAAAAAGGAAUAAUACUACAAGCUGAUGAAUGAAAUGAUAGACAAUCCCUUAACCAACCCCCUAGAAAAAGGAAUAAUACUACAAGCUGAUGAAUGAAAUGAUAGACAAUCCCUUAACCAACCCCCUAGAAAAAGGAAUAAUAAUACAAGCUGAUGAAUGAAAUUAUAGACAAUCCCUUAACCAACCCCCUAGAAAAAGGAAUAAUACUACAAGCUGAUGAAUGAAAUGAUAGACAAUCCCUUAACCAACCCCCUAGAAAAAGGAAUAAUACUACAAGCUGAUGAAUGAAAUGAUAGACAAUCCCUUAACCAACCCCCUAGAAAAAGGAAUAAUACUACAAGCUGAUGAAUGAAAUGAUAGACAAUCCCUUAACCAACCCCCUAGAAAAAGGAAUAAUACUACAAGCUGAUGAAUGAAAUGAUAGACAAUCCCUUAACCAACCCCC